UCCUCUGCCCGGCCUCACCACCAGCUUAUCCACACAGGGGAAAAGCCACAUCAGUGCUCAGUGUGUGGAAAGAGCUUUGCUAAGUCCUCCAAGCUUGCUCAGCACCAGCGCACCCACACAGGGGAGAAGCCAUAUCGGUGUUCAGAGUGUGGAAAGAGCUUCACUCACUCCUCCAACCUGGCUCAGCACCAGCGUAUCCACACAGGGGAGAAACCCCAUCGGUGCUUAGUGUGUGGGAAGAGCUUCACUCAGUCCUCCACCCUGGCUCAGCACCAGCGUAUCCACACAGGGGAGAAGCCACAUCAUUGCUUAGAGUGUGGUAAGAGCUUCACUCACUCCUCCACCUUGGCUCAGCACCGGCGUAUCCACAUGGGGGAGAAGCCACAUCAGUGCUCACAGUGUGGAAAGAGCUUCACUUACUCAUCCAGAUUGGCUCAGCACCAGCGUAUCCACUUUGGGGAGAAGUCAUAUCAGUGCUCAGAGUGUGGGAAGAGCUUUUCUCAGUCCUCACACGUAGCUCGGCACCAGCUUAUUCACAUGAGGGAGAAGCCAUAAUAGUGCUCAGAGUGGGAAGAGCUACAUCUAAUCUUCCCACCUGCCUGGCACCAGCAUAUCCACACAGAGGAGAAACCACAUCUGUGGUCUGAGAGUCGGAAGUGCUUCCUCCACUCCUCCAAACUGGCCUAGACCAGUGCAUCCCUAUGCAGGAGCAUCCAUAGUUCUGCCCGCAAUACAGGAAGGGUUUGGAGAUGUAUACUGGCUCAUCACCCACCAGCAUCUGUAUCCAGGGAGGCAGUCUCAUGCUGGGGUACUGCAGCAACAGUUCAUCCUUCGUCCAGCCUUUGUAGGGCACUGCAAAACCCAAAGGAGACAGAGGCUGGCCUCCCCGCUUUGAUGUGGGUGAAGAGUUGAAAGGAAACACCUCAGGAAGAGGCCAGCACGGAUACUGGGGGAACCUGUGAGGAGAUUGUGGCAGAAUACCAUCUCUGUCUCUCCCCAAACUCUGCUAGGUGACAAUUUGGUUACCAUGGUCACUGCAGAGGGCAGAAUCCUCUGGUCCCAUCUGCUUCAGGUAACCUUGAGUUGUAACUUGAGCUCCAUACAUUUCUGAGGGUUGGUGGAGAACUGCUCCCUCUGCCUAUGUGACUGGCAUCACAUACCUGGGUGGAGGGGUUAAGCUCCCUAUUGUUCCAAGCAAUGCCAACAUGACUGGGAGGGGACUGGAGCCCCUUCCAGUCUACCUGGCAAC